UUUAUUUUUUUUUCAAAACCUCGUGAAAUUCCCUUGCGUCAAAUUGUUAUUUAUGCCGAGGAGUCAUAGCAGCUCUUAAAACAAAAUCGGCGAAUCAAACCCAAUCUGUCUAUAAAAGCAGCUUUGACGUUGAGCUUGUGAUCAUUUCUGGGGGUGAAAGCUCGUCGAUUUUUGUAACAGACGAACUACGAACAUGAGCCAAGAACAGGCGAACAAAAUUCAGGGCUCUUUUCUCCUGGCUUCUCGACCAAAACACACCAUCUCCGAUCGAGAUGGAGAGAGCAUCGAGCUUACUUCUGGCGUGCCAAAUGCUAUGAUAUUCGUCCAAAACUGCAAAAACUGCGACUUUUCGCUUAACCAGAAAGCCGUCAAAGUGUUCGUGGAUAGUUGCAAAAAUUGUGUCUUUAAAAUUCGAAAUUCUCUGCUUAGUGGAACUAUGGAGCUCCUACGUUGCGAGAACAUGACUCUGAACUUACAGGAGGGCGGCAAGGUAAGCACCUUGACUGCCGAAGACACCAAGACAUUGGCCAUCAAUGCAGAGAGGCCUAACCAGCUUGAAAUGAUUUAUGUCUUCCAUACAACAAAUGCAGUGAUCACAGUAACUGAAGCCAGCCCCAUACACUUCCCCAUAACCCCAACUGAAGGUCCAGACUGGCAGUAUGUCGUGCAAUGGAUACAAAAAGACGGAGAGAGGAAACUCAUCUGUGAGAAGGUCAUAAGAGAGGGGGUCUUCCCAACUACUGAGCGCCAACUGAGGGAGUCCCUUGAACGAGAGAGAGAAUUUAGUCAAAGAAUGGCAACAGCCUUGGUAGAUGGAGUGAAAAUCAGUAAGCCACAGUAGAAAAACUAGCUAUGAGUUUGACACUCUUAAAUGAUAUUGCAUGUGCUAAACAACACUAGAAAUCCACUUGUAUUAAAUGUUAAUUUUUUUGAA